AUGCUCCUUGUCUCUGUUGCAGCCAUCGUGGUCCUCUUCAUCACGCUCAGACGCAGCAAGAAGGAGCCGCUGAUUCAUCUCGGAGGAGGACGUGCGGGAGAACGUGGUCACCUACGACGACGCCGAGGGCGCGGGCGGCGAGGAGGACACCGAGGCCUUCGACAUAUCGCGCUGCGGGAACCCGGCCGCCGCGGAGGAACUCAAAUUCAGACGGGACGUGAGACCGGACGCCAGGCAGCACCGCAGCGGCGCCACGGCGACGCAGCUCCAGCAGUCCUGUCCGUGGACCAGGCCGACGUCCACGACUUCAUCAAACACAAACUGACGUACGCCUUCGAGGGGCAGGGGUCGCCGGCGGGGACGAUAAGCCCGCUGGAUUCUUUCGGCACGCAGUCGGAGCAGGAUUACAAUUACCUGGACGACUGGGGGCCCGAGUUUCAGAAACUGGCCGAGAUCUACGGAGACGCAGAUUCGGAUGUGACGACCUAA